AUGGAACAAAUAAGAAGCAAGAUGGACGAAGUAAAAGACAAAAUCGACGCAGCGAAUGCUCUAGCUGAUGACUUUGAAGCGAAAAAUGCCAUAGCAGCCAAGACGCUUGAAGCGCACCACUUACACAUUGAAGACACGCAGAGGCAUAUGAAAUCUCUAGAACAACACAUUUUUACAGCAAAGAAGCAGCUGAAAGAGAGUACUGCUCGUCUAGAAAAUAUACAAAACUGCGACGAAGACCAUGUAAAGGCAGUCGAGAUAAUUGAAGCAAAAGGGGAAGUGCAUGACUCGCGUAUUGAUAGCAUGCAACAGAGAGUAAGCAUGGCGAGAAGGAAGUAUGAAGAGAAUUACACACAACUGGAAGAAGGGAAAAGGAAGGUAUGUGUGCUGAAGAGAGAAGUAGAUGUUAUGGAGGAAAAAAUGAGGAGCAGGGAAGACCAAAUGGAAGACCUUGAAUCUGUUAUUAGAAAAGAUGAUGGGCUAAUAUCGGCAAUAGAAGCCAAAAACGAUGAAAGUUUGAAUAAAGAAUACGAACUAGAGGAUCAAAUUGAAAAGUUGAAAACAAAGAUUGAGGAGAACAACAAUAGAAUUGAUUUUGCAGAAAGGAAACUGCCUUCUCUGCAAUAUCAAAUUGAGACAAUAAAGAAAGAAAUCAGCGAUAUUCGAAAUGCAACUUCUCAUUUGAAAAAUGAAAUAACAACAGAGAUAAAUGAUAUGGUUAAAACAAUAUAA